AUGAAGUGUUCAGUUGUGUGUCUCGUAUUCAUAUCAAUACUAUUUACCAUAAAUCCGACGGAAUGUGAGGACACCAAAGGACAGCCUUUCCCGGACAUGAAUGUACUGCCCUUCCCGGAAAUGAGUGAACUACCCUUCCCGGAGAUAGAGGAACAGAAUAUGACGGCCAAAAAAGGACAGUUUAUUCUGGCCAAGAAAAAAUCACAGGCUUUCCUGGCCAGGAGAGCUCAGGCUUUCCUCACAAGAAAAGGACAUCUUUUGCUGAACACCACUGGACUGCCUGUCCCUUUGCCAUCGGAGGCUACUACUGGCGCCCCUAAUGUCGAGACCACUAUUACUGGUCCUAUCGUUUCUGAAAGGCUCAAAGCAUUAACGGAGGUUUUAAACUAUGAUGUCUCGAAACUGGAUGUUAAAAAUGAGACACAAGUGCAGCCAUUUUAUGACAGAUAUCAGAAAUCGUUUAAUAAGGAGUACGCGAAUGAGAAGGAACGGGAGGAAAGGCUGGAUUUGUUCAAGAAGUCCAUUGAGAAGAUCCAGGAGCACAACAACAACACCAUGGCUACCUACCAGAAAGGGAUCAAUGAAUUGUCAGAUCUGACUUGGGCCGAAGUAGUGAAGUACAAGUUAGGGCUCUUACGGGAUGGAGGGGGUGAUCCCAAUUGCCUUCCACCUCACGUUGACCGUAUACUCAAGGGUAUAUCCAGCACACUUUUAUUCAUACAGGGCUUUAUGAUUAUAACUAGUAUUUGUAUCACAUUGAGUACAGCCGCGGCUCCGGGAUCAUCAAACAUACCGGACGAGUGGGAUUGGAGGAAGUAUGGGAUGGUGACCCCUCCCAGGAAUCAAGGAAAGUGUGGCUCGUGUUGGAGUUUCGCGGCCGCCUGUGUGCUCGAGAGUCAUAACAUGAAGAGACUGAUAGCGGAGGGAAAGUUUGACCCCAAGAGUCAACCGAAGAUCACAGUCAGCGAGCAGAAUAUGAUCGACUGCUCCGGAGAUUACGGUACUCUUGCCUGCGAGGGAGGUAUGCCUCAGCAAGCGUUCAAAUAUGUGUACGAAAACAAAGGCAUUAACGGAGUGGAUGUCUACCCGUACACCGGAAAGAAAGACAAGUGCGGCUACAACGCCGCCAAUAGGGUGGACGUAGACGUGAGGGAAGGGCAGCGCCUGGAGUCCGGAAAGGACAACGACUUGGCGGCCGCCAUCUAUAACUACGGACCCGUUGCCAUCGCAGUGCACACCACCGAUGAUAUGCUUGCUUUUAAGAAAGGCAUUUUCAAUGACCCCAAGUGUAACCCCAAUGACGUGAACCACGCGGUCGUAGCCAUCGGCUAUCAUAAAGACUACUUUAUCAUCAAAAAUAGUUGGGGCCCGGAGUGGGGAGAGGGCGGGUUUAUCAGGAUCUCCAGGAGUAAGGUAAACAACUGCGGGGUCUCAGAGCAGGGAUACUAUCCAAUAGUUCCCAAUGCUGUCCAAACUCGAGCCAUGAUUGACAAACUCAAAGUUGUUUAG